AUGGUGUCCCCCGUAGGCGGAAAGGAUGUUCCUUCGCAAGUCCCAGAGAUCUAUGGGGUCAAUAUUGCAUUCACUGCAGUUACGGUGACGACAGUGCUGUUGCGGGUUUGGACACGAUUCUGGUUCGUCCAAGGACUCAAAGUUGACGAUUAUAUCAUGAUAUUUUCUGCAUUGCUCACGUUAUUUUAUGGCAUCGACGUCUGUCUUCAGACCCAUUAUGGGUUUGGAUAUCACUGGAAGGACCUCGUUGAUCCUACGGCGUUCUCGAAUUCCCUCAAGCUGUUCUACGGUGGAGAAUUAGUUUACUAUAUUAAUGUUGGCUUGACAAAAAUCACACUGCUGAUUCUCUAUCUGCGGCUCUUUGUGACAACAUCGUACAGCAAGCUACGAUUGCUAACGUGGGUAAUGAUUGGCCUCACAACUGCAGUAACGAUAACCUGGACUUUCUUGAUUAUGCUCCAAUGCAAUCCGGUUGCCAAGGCCUGGGAAACAACCUUGCCUGGGAAAUGCGUUAACAUGACUGCCGUAUUCUAUUCUCAUGCUGGUAUCAACAUCCUAUUGGAUUUUAUUGUCUAUAUCAUGCCAAUACCCAUGCUGUGGGGUGUCAAUCGUCCUCUACGCGAUAGAUUAGCGCUGAUCAUUAUCUUCGCAAUUGGAGGGUUUGUUUGUAUUAUGGGAAUUGUGCGAUUGCAAAGUUUGCGAAAAGCCACCGUAUCAACGGAUCCAAGUUGGGACAAUGUUCCAUCUGGUCUUUGGUCAUGUAUGGAAGCCGAUGUUGGCAUUAUCUGCGCUUGUCUACCAUCUCUGAAACCCCUUUUCGUGCGAUUCUUUGGCCCUACGAUCGGAAGCAAAUCCCUUUCAAAGAGCGGUACGCAGAAUUUCCAUGUGCUCUCCGAUAGCCAAAAUGCGUUACAUCAACCUCAUGCGGGAGUCGAGCUUUAUAACAGACGAACCAGCUUCAACGUUGUGCGAACCGACGAUUUUAGCGUGGAAGAGGGAUAUGCGAAGGGAAAAAGUUGA